ACCUGGACCGCAGGAUACAGUCUGAACCUCCUGUUUAAAUUUCACCAGCAAUAACUGAGGCUGAAAGUAUUUUAACCCUUUUUUGCCGGAUUACUUCAUUCAGGGAUUAAACGCCUUUGAUGUUACAGAGACUUAUUCUUUUAUUCCCAAGCCACGCCCCUUACACACAAGGGCUGGAGUCGGGCCUCGAGACAGAGGCGGGAAGCAAAAGAGCCAAUCACAACACUGGAGGCUCGAGCCUACGAGCCAAUUGCAUCGCAGAAGGCGGGAAACUAAAACAAUACGUGUGUGAGAGAGAGAGAGAGAGAGAGAGAAUGAAAUGAGCCCAGUAACAUCCAUGUUAGCAUGUGUGCUAAUGUGACUGAACUCUUCUCAAGCGGUUUCCUUCGGCGCCAUGUCGGUUCGCUGGUUCUUGUCCCAGGUGUCCCGCUGCGUGUGGAUGUUUUAACGCUGAAGUGAUGAGACUGUGUGCCGGAGGGUCUGUGACUCUGAGCGCGCGGCGGGGUUGUAUGUUUACCGCCAGCAGGACCCGAAGCUGAGGAAAGUGUGGGCUCACUACUGCCGUAGAAAAAAACUUUGCACCUACUGUUUCCCACAAACUGUGUUCGGACCAUUUCACUGAGGAUUCUUUCAACAUUAAUACUCAGAUGAGCUCAGAAAAGCCACCGCUGUCAGAAGAUGGAGUUGAGGUGGGGCAGGAGGUGGGGCCUGUGGCAGUUCCUGAAGCCCCAUUGGACAGCGUGCGUGAUGGGUGGGACAGUAAGGUGGAGUAUUUCCUGGCUCAGGUGGGGUUCAGUGUCGGGCUCGGAAACGUGUGGCGAUUCCCCUACCUGUGUCACCAGAAUGGAGGAGGAGCGUUCCUGCUGCUCUAUGUGCUGUUGAUGGUGGUGGUCGGUGUGCCGUUGUUUUUCCUGGAGUUAGCCGUGGGUCAGAGGAUCAGACAGGGCAGCAUCGGUGUCUGGAGACACAUCUCACCAAAACUGGUUGGGAUUGGCUACUCCAGCUGUGUGGUGUGUUUCUUCGUUGCGCUGUAUUAUAACGUAAUCAUCGGUUGGAGUAUCUUUUAUCUCUUCAAAUCGUUCCAGAGUCCGUUACCCUGGGAGAAAUGUCCGAAAGAGGGGAACAUCACAGUUCCUGAGUGUGCUGCGAGUUCUCCUACAUCAUACUUCUGGUUCCGUAAAGCCCUGGAUGUUACGGACUCGAUCAAUGAGACGGGAGAGUUUAACCUGAUCAUCACUGGCUGUCUCGCUCUCGCCUGGGCCAUCGUCUGUCUCGCCAUGUUUAAGGGCAUCAAGUCUUCUGGCAAGGUGAUGUAUUUCUCCUCUGUAUUUCCGUACGUGGUCCUGCUGUGUUUCCUGGUUCGAGGUCUCACACUGGACGGAGCAUCAGAGGGACUCAAGUACAUGUUCAACCCAAAGUUGGAGAUAUGGGGUAAUGUACAGGUGUGGCGUCAGGCGUUCACUCAGGUGUUCUUUGCCCUGGGUUUGGGUUUUGGCUCCAUCAUAGCGUACUCCUCCUACAACCAGCGCAAUAACAACUGUCACCGUGAUGCCAUCACCGUCUCCAUCAUCAACUUCCUCACCUCCGUCCUCGCCUCGCUUGUCGUCUUCUCUGUUCUGGGGUUCAGGGCCAAGACCUUCGCAAAGACCUGCAUUUCUGAGAAUCUGAAGCUGUUAUCUGAAGUGCUCUCGUCCUCCGUUACUCCACCCGAUCUUCUCAUUAACAUAACGGAUGUGGAUUCUGUUUCCGUGGAGAUGUAUAAAAACUGGUAUGACGUGCAGGGUUCUCAGCUGAACCUCUCCGGCUACAAGAUCAGUAACUGCAGCGUGGAGAACACCAUGAAACAAGGAGUGGAGGGGACGGGUCUGGCGUUUAUAGCCUUCACGGAAGCGAUGACGCUGUUUCCUGCAAGUCCGUUUUGGUCAGCACUGUUCUUCCUCAUGCUCCUCAACCUGGGACUGUCCACCAUGUUCGGUACCAUGGAGGGGAUCCUCACUCCCCUGUCUGAUACUUUCUCCCUACUGAGGAAUCACAAACUCCUCUUCACAGUGUGUAGCUGCGUGUUGGCGUGUGUGAUCGGGCUGUUGUUCACUCAGCGCUGUGGGAAUUACUUUGUGCUGAUGUUUGAUGAUUACUCUGCCACACUGCCGCUCAUCAUUGUCGUUGUUUUCCAGACCAUCAGCGUUGCCUGGGUGUAUGGGGCAGACAGGUUCCUGCAGGAUAUCAGACAGAUGCUGGGCCGCCCGGUGUGCGUGUUUUAUAAGUAUCUGUGGAAGUAUGUAUGUCUGUUAGCAAUGCUGGCUCUGCUAACAGCCAGUCUAUUGAACAUGUGUCUCAACCGACCACGGUACACAGCCUGGAACAGAGAGACGGCAUCAGAGGUGAGGUUGCCAUAUCCUGAUUGGGCAUUGGCCAUGCUCUCAUCACUCAUCAUCAUUGCAGUACUUCCUGUUCCCCUGGGUUACGUCCACUUCAUGUUACAGCAGCGUAUCAGCCAGUCAGCUCUCAACACUGAGGCAGGAUACGCCCCCUGCAGUACCACAGAUACUGACUCCACCCCUCUCAGCCCACCUCUGAACUCUGUCUUGAAUUCUGCCUCCUCCCCAGUGCCUGAGGAGGGCUACAGGCUCCUCCCUCAGACAGGGGAGGAAGGAGGGGAGGAGUCUACAAGAGUAUGAGCUGGAAAGGAAGUUCCUGAAGAUAAGUUACUAAAGAGAACAAACACGCAUCUUCCGCUUUAAACUCUAUACACAGUGUGUUCAAAAGUUUUUUUUUUUUUAAAUGUAUAAAGUGAGAACAAAUGCAUCACUGUGCCAUAAAAGGUGCACUUUACACCUCACACACACACACACACACACACACACACAAAAUGCUGGAUCUUAUGCUUUUUAUAUCUAUUUAUCAAGCUAUUCCAGCCUUUAUUUAAAAACAAAAGGUAUCAACUUUGCCGUAGAGGUGUGUUACUUGUAAUGCAUGGUGAGACAUGGUAUAUUCAGUGUUAGCAGUUAACGCAUUGGAUUAUAUGUUAAUUAGCUUGGCGACGUUACCACCACUUCAUCUUUGACCGUUACUUGUUGGAACUCUGCCAUGUUGUCUAAUUUUAAGAAGGUGGGUUUGACGUUCAGCCCACUCCAGUUCCCAUAAAGCUCCUACCCCAGGACCUGUGGUGGUUGGCAGGGUGUAGGAGUGUUGGGGCAUGUCUGUAAAAUGACAGAUGUCCAUCCAAACAGUUCUGAUCUGGAUUGAAGUGCAUUUGCAGUUUUGCAAAUGUUUUUAAGGCAUAAUACAGGUGUACUGAAGCCAUGGCUUAAAGAAUUUAUAUAAUAUUUAUAAUACAUUUUUUUUUAUAUAUAUUGUGCCCCCCCCCAGGUAAUUUUGAAAAUGUAAAAAUAACUGUAUAAAGCGAGCGGGUACAGCAGUAACAUGGAUUUCAAAAGGAGUUGUUAAAUAUUGUACAUUAAUUUUCAUGUGCUAUAUACAUUUAGCUGGAUGAUGUUAUUAUUGAUGAUACACUUACAGCGCUUUUCAAGCCAGAUGGCACGAAGUGCUUUACAUCAUGAUAAAUAAAUGAAUGAUAAAAACUGUAAGGCAGAAUUUAAAAAAAAAAAAAACUAAAACAUGACUAAAAAGGAAAAACAUUACAAAAUGUGCAAAUUACAAAUAUUACAUUCAAAUAAAGGAAAAUAUUAAACGUAAAGAUAAGGUGUAAAAAUAGAGUAAAUAAAUAAAAUUGUAAAGAUAUAAAGAAACAAUUAAGAACAUCUACAAAUGCUGAAUGAUUAGUGUGCUUUUAAAUGAGACUUAAAAUGGCUAGAGGAUCAGCUGGUCUAAUGCCUGGAGGUAAGCUGUUCCAAAGCUGAGGAACAUCACAGAGAAAGCUAGUUUGCUGAUGUUAUACGAGUGGUCAGGUUGUUGUUGUUGUUAAUUAUAGGGUGUCCAAAGACUCUUAUGAGAAGAAAAAUCAAGGAAUCCCUGUGUCUUGCCUGGAAUAGAUGUACCAGGACACCCCACCCAAAGAGAGUGCAGCCUGGGGGAGGGGUUCCUCAGCAUGCGCCUGUCAGUUAUCCAUUUGCCCGGGUCAGGCUUAUCCUGAAAGAACCACAUGGGUCUGCCCUCCCGCAGGCCCACUACCUAUAGGAGGAGCCGUAGGUGUCCAGUGCAUUGUGGCUCUUUCUGUGGCCAAGGUGGGGGCCUUCGUGGUCUGAACCCUGGUUGCCGAAAUUUGGUUUGGGACAUGCAGUGUCCCCCCUCUCUCGUUAGGAAGAAGCCGGAGCUUGUGCAGGAGAUUGACGGAUAUCAGCUAUAACGUUAUGACCAGUGAAGUAAAAGCACUUUGCUUUGGCCAGAAUGGCUUGUUGUUCACUAAUGGCAAAGAUUAGAUGGUGGCGGGCUCUUGCGGGAAUAUCUCCUCGAAGAAAGUCCUCUGGUGUAUGGCUGUCCUCUAACUCAAACACAGUCUUUUGGAGCUUCUGGGCAGAGCUUUUGUCUUUUUUUUUUGAAAAAGAAAAACACAGAUUGUUAGGUAUGCCCAUUGUCACCUAAUGAGUAAGAACAGUGUGCAUUUUGUGCUGAGUGCAAGCAGGGAUUACAUCCAUACAUCCCAGUUUACCACUCUAUGCCUGAGAACCCUCCAGAUCUACUCCUUUACCCAAGUUAAAAAUUAUUAACAAAAGGCUUGACUAAACAGAUGUUUUCAGCCGAGACUUGAAUGCUGAGACUGUCUGAUUCCUGAACACUACUUGGAAGGCUGUUCCAUAACAGUGGGGCUUUGUAAGAAAAGGCUCUGCCCCCUGAUGUAGCCUUCACUAUACGAGGUACCAGCAGAUAUCCUGCACCUUUUGAUCCAAGUAGGCGUGGCGGGUCAUAGAGGAGCAGAAGUUCACUCAGGUACUGUGGCGUGAGACCAUUCAGUGCUUUUAAAGGUCAGUAUUGUGAUUUCCAUUUUUAUCCCUGAUGAUCUUAGGCUGGGUAACAUCCUUGAAGUCCCUGUUCCUUUGCUUCGCCAUCCUGAUUGCCAUGUUCUGACCAUCUGCUGUCUCCAGGUUGUCAUACAGUUGCCAGUAGACUCCAGCCUUCGCUUGUGCUACUGCUUUCUUUGCGGUCUUGUACUUCCCUUUAUUGGCUAAUGAGCUUUCAUGAUCCAGUUUCUUCUUCACGUUCCUUUUAUCAUUCACAGCCUUCAGUACCUCUUCAUCCCGUCACCCACUCCUCCGUUCUGUCUCAUGGUGUUUUUCCCCCCCCAACACCUGCUCUGCUGCAGUUCACAUUGCUGAUGGGAUUUCCAUCCAGUUCCUCCCCCUGCAUCACAUCCCUCUUUCUUACUGAGGAACCUCAUGGUACCAAACUCAUGACACUCACCCAAUAGUUUUGCAAUUUCCUUUAGGUGACCGGGGAAGCUGAACUACCAUUGUCAUCUGUGAAAGACGAGACAAACAAGGAUAAGCAUUUAAGUUGCAUAUCUACUGGCAUUCACACGACUACGUUCACUCCCCAAAUAAUAGGAUACACUUACUGAUGGCAUUAUGUCCUUGUUCUAGUAAUUGUUCCAGUCAGACUUCAUCCGGGGUGGUAUCUGGAGUAAAAUUAAAUUCCGGAACUUGAGACUAGAGGUCCUAACAUGAUGCACAAGGUCAAGUCAACUUUAUUGUCAAAUAUGCUGUACAUGCUCAACAUACAGCACAGAUGAGAUUUCAGUCCUCUCUGACCCACGGUGCAAACAGGCAACGCAAUAAAUAAAAAAAAUAGAAUUGAAAAAAAAAAAAUAUAUAAACACUAGAUAGGAACUAGACAGACUAAACACUCAAACAAUAUAAACAGUAUAAACAAACAGUAUAAACACCUAGAUAGGAACUAGACAGACUAAACACUCAAACAAUAUAAACAGUAUAAACAAACAGUAUAAACACCUAGAUAAGAACUAGACAGACUAAACACUCAGACAAUAUAAACAGUGUAAACGCUAGAUAAGAACUAGUGUUUACACUAUAACUAAGAACAAGUUAUAGGAAUGGCUAGUAAUGCACUAGUCAUAGCACAAUUUUAUGCGCAAUUAACAACAUGAACACGGAAAUGUGAGGAAUUUAACACAUCUUAGUAGUUUGACCUUUUUUAAGAGCAAAUCUUUCUCUGGGGGCCUGGGAAAGGGCAGCAAAUUUAAUAAAUGUGAAUGCCUAUUUGGCAAGUGAACAGCUCACGUGAGCUUGCUGAGAUUGGGCUGUGAAAAGGGAUUACCUUCAAGUCUUUGCUUUAUUUAAAAAAAAAAAAAAGUGAGGAUUACCAACCUUCAAAACUGUCUUCAGCUGAACCACUUUCCAUGCAGUGAUUUUUUUUUUUUUUUUAAACUUCUGUUCUCUCUCCAAACACAAGGGUCACUAGAUAUGAACAUGUCAGGAGUUUACUUUAAAAAGUGGAAAGAGUAAAACAGACAAGCAAUAAUGCAUGAAAAAUGAUAAUGUUGAUAUUAAACUAACAUUGGCAUGUUUACUCUUUAUCCAACUACAUGCUCUGUGGAAAAGCUGGGGAGAGGAAGGUGGAAGCUGGGGGCCAGUGGCACCUCCACUUGAUUUUCCCAAGUGUGUACAUUUUCUUAUGCUGCCAGCAAUGACAAUCGUCUUCCCAUCUAAGGAACUAUGGUUAACGUUCUGAAACGGGCAGCUUGCUUCAAACACGGGACCUAAUUCAUGAAGCUGAAACGUAACCUCAAACUUGCUCUGUGUAGAAUCUAAUGAUAGAAUGAAUGAUUGGAGUUGUGUGAACCUCUGCUUUUACACUUGUAGGAUAGAUCACAACUUAAACGUGUUUUAACUUCGUGCUCGAUUUAAAGGGAACAAUAGGAUUGUAAAAGUGAAAAUCUUCACCAUAUAGCCCAUUGUUUUAGGUAGGACUUUAGAUUUGUGCGAAAAGACUUUUGUGCUAAAUGACCGUAAACCUGUGUGUAUCGUUGCUCACACACUCCCUGUGCAUCUUAUGAACAUUUUGGAAGAUUUAGAAACACGUGAGGGCAGAACAGCCCUGUGCAUCAAGUUUCCAGGUCAAUCUGUUAAAUGUUUUGAGUUCAUACACGGUGAUGUUUGUCAUGGACAGUGUCUCAAAUCAAAAACUCAGAAGACUGGUACUCGUAGCUUUCUAAAGGCUUGAAGGGGACGUGAGGUUUUUAAAAUUCCAAACACUAACUGUAAUAGGAAAAGUGGUUACUGUUAGUACUCUGUCUCGGAUAGUCUAGUCAGAAACGGUAAAGUAGCGUAUAUUUGUUUAAACGUGGCUUGUCUGAAUGUGACUCCCAGUAAGAUUUCAAAAUAUAAAAUCCAUCAUGGUUCUUAAUGAUAAUUUGUAAAAUAAAGGAAUGAAAUAAAAGGGGGAAUGGGAGUUUCUCUUGCGACCCCAUUUAUGAAUCAAAAUCCUGCACGAGUUCGCAACCUUUAGUGUGAAAACCGUGCCGUCACACUCGACUCCCUGCAGUCCACUGCAACUUCCUCAAAACUCUCUUAAUGACUGUCAGGCCAGAUUUUAUUCAGGUCAGCUCUGUCGCGACACGGUACAGCAAGAAACCUAACGGUACACAAGAUAUGACAAGUAAUUCAUUCAGAAUUAUUUUUCAGAUAUGUGUCAAAACCACAACGUUGUAAAAGUGUUGAAUUUUUAGUGAUUUGAGGGAUUAAAAAACGAAUGGGGGUGAGAAUGGGCGAGCUGAAUCAAAGCUGCUGAUUGGUCAGCUACUCCAAUGCUCAUUAUGACGACAGAACUUUCCCACUGAACUGGUGAAAUGUUCAUCACCUUUAUGUAUUUAUUUAUACGUUCAGCUCCUUUACAAACAGAACCAGCAUCAACCAGAAUGCUGUCAAGUCUCAUCAGUUAAAUACAAACAGGAAAGAAAAAAAAAAAAAAUAUGGAACCAUUAAAAAAAAAAAGUUGUCUGAAAAAUAGAUUUUCUCUCCCACACACUGUUUAUUGCACCAAUUUAAUGCUUUUCUUUUUCUCCAGAAUUGUUUGCAAUUUUUAUAUAAAGAUUGUUUUAUAGCUUUUGUGCAUUUUAUAAAGUUUUGUAUGCAAGUAAAUUUGAUCAUGUGCGUGUGUGCCUUGAGGUUGUAGAGUUGAUAAAUCUCAACUGGAACAUUAAAGUUGGUUAUUAUUUAAUAAAA